AUGGUCCUGCUGGCUGCUUGCCUGCCCCUGCUUCCCACGUCCCACACCCUGCGCACCCCACAGCCUCCCAGGCCAGCUACACCCUGGCGCCCCGCGCCCGCAGCCCCCGCCCCGCGGCCCUCGCUCAGGGUUAUCGCCCCGCUCUCCUCCCACCGGCAGAGAGCGCUAUACGCCCAGUGCUUGAUGAGCCGCUCGCCCUCCUUUCGCCCCUCCUAUCUAUGGUACGCCAAUCCCAUCUGCUUCCGCUUCCGGGGCGCCCCUUCUCUUCGGGCCGCACCCGACAAGAUGGUGAACGUCCCGAAAACCCGCCGGACCUACUGCAAGAAAUGCGGCAAGCACCAGCCGCACAAAGUCACCCAGUACAAGAAGGGGAAGGACUCCCUCUACGCCCAGGGAAAAAGACGCUACGAUAGGAAACAAAGCGGCUAUGGGGGCCAGACAAAGCCCAUUUUCCGUAAGAAGUCUUCUGUCUCCAGGGAAAUCCAUGUCACUGAGCCAGUAAAAAUGAGAGCUACAGCUUUCCUGAGUCUCAAAGCAGCAGUGGAAGGGCAGCAGUGCAUUCUGUUACAGAUGAGUUGCAGAAACCUGCUGCUGUCAUCCUUUCUUUUUAGUGUAGGUACCUGGAACUGUAGCCUUGCAGCAUGUUUUCCCUCUGUGCCUCUACAUACCUCAUGCCAGAGAGCUGGUGAGGGCAAAAUCUGUGGUAUUCACAGCAGGGAAGCAAAACCCAAUGAGCUGAUUUGUUACAGUUUCUGUCUAAACUGUUUAGUUAUGCUUAUAGAGCUACUUGGUUCACUGCUGGAAAGCCCCAGUAUUCCACUGGAGGCAUUCAGGAAGUCUUCCAGCAAGAAGAAAAACAUGAGAGCAGUUUUUCAAGUUGACUUUCUGCCAGGAAGUGGGGAGCCCUUGCAGAAAAUACUUCUACAAGCUGGCUAUACAAGGCAGCCAUACUGCUCUCGCAGCCUGGCCCUCUCCACCUGUACAUUGCCAUCCCCUUUUCUGUUUCUUCCCAGUCAGCAUUGUAUGGAUGAUUGGCUGAAGUUUAUAACUGGUGGUUACAGCUCUGUCCAGCUGCUCCAGUAGCCUCGCAGCUUUGGA